GGCUUUGUCCCAAUAACUGGAUUCAUCUACAAGGUUCAUGCUACAAAGUCUCGUCAAAGAGUUUGAGCUGGACCGCUGCAAAAUCUGCUUGUGAAGCUAUGGGGUCUAAGCUCGCUAUGGUGACAUCAAAAGCCAAACAUCAAGCACUUGCUUCGAACAUAUCACAAAGAGUAUGGAUUGGUUUGUACAGGGAUCCCAAAGACGAUUCACGUUGGUUGUGGGUUGAUGGAUCAAGAGCGACAUAUACUAACUGGAAUCCUGGAGAACCCAACGACCAGGGAAGAAAUGAGGAUUGCACAACGAUGUUUCCUUCUAAUGGAAAAUGGAAUGAUUUAGCAUGUUUCAACAGUCUUAAAUACCUCUGUGAAACCAGUGGUAGGUGAUACGUCAAUUACGUGCAUAAUACUUUGAACUUAUCAUAGUGCACGCAGUGCAUGACUCUAGGAAGCGUGCAAUAUAAACGCAUAAUGAAUUACUUCGCGAAAAAUAGUUAAAUUAUUAUUAUUUUUUUAAUAUUAAAAGAGCCCUAGUAAUCUAGCUCCCUGUAAAAGGGCUCCGAUAGAAUUAAAACAGAAAAAUUAAAGGAAUAGAGUAGUAAGUUUUAAGAUGCUUGGCACAAACAUUAAGGCCUCUAUCGUUUUGCUUGACUUUACUAAAUUGACAAUCGGCAAGAGAGGAUAAAGGAUAGUGUCAACUAUCGCCCAAAGGAGAGGUAUUUAUUAAGGACUAUGCACCAAAUCUGAGAGUGGGGGUGGGGAGGGUGGUGUUUGUUUUGGCUACCGAAUUUGCUUCAUUUCUAUGAUCUAAUGAGAAUUUCUAAAGGAUCAUUGGAAAGGGGAUACCAAAAGGAAAUCGUGAGAAAGUAUACUCGGCUUUGUUUGAAACUUAUUACACCACGGCUUACCAAAAAGAAAAAAAAGCAUAAAUACAGUUGAACCCCAACUGAAACUUUCAUAGCUAUGAGCACUAGAGAGCAUAAAAAGCUGCUCAAAACUGGGAAAAAUUGCAAAUUUGCCAUUUAAAAAGUGUUUCAGAGUAUGAAGAGAUUUUGCUCUCAAGUAGUUUAAGGCCUGGGACUAAGGGGUUUACCUGUGGAAAAUUAUUUAUUGGCUAAAACUUCGGCACAGAGAUCAUGGCAUCGUCCUUAACAUUUUAUAGGAAAAAUAUUGUGUUAAUAAGUCGCGUGACAUAUUACGUGACCAUUUUGCUAAAAAUCUUAAAUUAUUGACCAAUUAGUGGCCGGUUUAAGAAAAAAAAAUCGAGCGAUAACAUUUUUCCAAUUCUUAUUAAAUAUUUCUAAUACUUCAGGUUUCGAAUGACCAUCCAUUGCACUUCAAUAAAAAAAUUAUAAGGGAGAACAUCAUUUAAAAUGCCCUAAUUGGAUCUUGAAUUAUUUAAAACUUUAAUUCUUAACUUUGCGUGCAUUCAUUCCAAACGUAAAAAGUUAGGUAUGUUUAUCUUCUUUCAGAAAUGCCAAUUUGUUUGUCCAAACAAAGUAAAUUCGCCACCAUUCAGUUUUUGGUCAUCUGACAUGUCAAGUGGCCAUGAUUAAACUUUAAGGCACAAGAAAACCUCAAGAUUUACUUUUGGCCAAAAAUUCAUUUUUUUCUAGAUCUCCUAGCGAGAGAUAUUGCCAAUCAUUCAUAUGCUCCAAACACAACUUUGACCCAGGCCUUAAACGUCUUGAGUAAUUUUUUUUUUCUUUUAGAUAAGAAGAAAUAUGGCGGCUAUUUCUAAUUUAGCCAUAUGGUCUUUGCAAACCUUUAUGGAUUCUUCCAAUUAUUUUCAUGAUUUAAAGUCGUGCCAAAAAAAAAAAAAAAAUAGAAAAUCGGUAAACUGAAAUAUGUCCUAGCACAGUUUUAGCAACAAGUAUCUACUUGCAGAAUGCUAUAACAAGAAACAAAAAAUUUUGUCUAUAAAACGACGGAAAAAAAUAGCAAGGCAAGAGCCUCCUUGACUCCUAAACCCUACCUAUAAUGGCCUAUGCAUGAAGGCUUCUCCCUAAAGAAGUACCUUUUCAGGGUUUAGGUAUAUGCAAGAGUAGAGGUUUCACUAGUUGAAGUAUAUGGAAGGGAAAGAAAAUCUGUCAUUGCGGUCUUGAAAGGACCUAAAAAGGUUAAAAGACUAUGAAAAAGACAAGAACCGUUCUGGUUGAGAGAUUUAUUCAUAUUUAAAAGACGGUCCAUUUACAGUAGCUUAAAAAGAGCAGGGGCACCCAACGAGAAUAUAGUUCAAAACCACUUAAACAUAGAAUUGUUAAACGUAUUUUAGUAUUUAAACCGUAGAUAUCGGCAUAUUUUUAUCCCCUAAAAAUUUUUCAUCUGUUCAGAUUUCCUAGCUGAUAGUCUAGUGAUCCAAAAAUUAUAGGGAUCAAAACUUACCUUUCCGAAAAUUUCAGCCAGGAAAAAGGCUCCCGAAAAUUCUAGGUGACCUUUUUAGGGUAAAACUCCGUUAAAAAUAGGCAAUUAUAGCAUUUUUUAGAUGUUCGAAAAUCCUAGGAGAGGCAGGCUAGCAAGAAAUUUUACAACAAAUGUCCGAAAAUUCUAGAUCUCAAAUCGUCUUCCGAACAGAUAUUUUUCCGAAAAUUGUCGUUGGGUGCCCCUGAAAGAGGUGCAGGGGUACUAUUUGUCAAUGGAAGGUAUACGAUCCCUUUUCUGUCAAGGAAUGGUAUAAAGAGUAUAAUUUUUUUUAGUAUCCCCGGGUCCAUAAGCUGCAAAUUUAGGAAAUACAGUAAAGCAGCAAGGAUCUAUGCGCAACUGGCUAAACGGGUUUUAACCAUGAAAAUCGCAAAUAUGGUAAGGAAAUCGUUAAGGCAAAUGACAAAGGCAAAUUCCGCAAAUUUAGCAAUUAUAGCAAAGAAAAAGGACGAUUUUCUAAAACUGGCAGUGCCUAAAAGGUUGACGUUAUCAAAAUUACAAAUGAAAGUGGAAAUUAUCCUCAAAUUAAAUGAACAACCUAAGCGGCUGAAAAAGAACCGGAAAAAAAAAACAAAGAAAAACAAAUUUAGCAAAACAGACAAAAGUUAAGGCGCACGACAUAAGACAUUAAAGGGAAUAGAAGGGUUUCGUCAAGCUGCAAAUUUGCUAAUAAUAAUAAUCAUCAUCUUUAUUGAGGAAACUUUUUCAUAAAAGAUAUGGUUUUCAAAAAGGACCUCAAAACUAGAUAUAUAUUAUAAAAACAAAAAAAGCUAUAAAAUUGCAAAGCGAUUAAAAAGAUACAAAAAAUGCAUAAAAAAUUAAAAGUAAGUAUAAGUAAAAAUUAAACGCAAGUAGCUAUAUUAAAAACUUAAAAACAUUACGUUUAAAACUAUUUACAUUCCUGGAGUCUUUGAUCGUCUGACUGAGGGAGUUAAAAUCGGAAACGGCAUGAUAUUGUGUUCUUUGCUUCACCCAAUUUCUUUUGACACGUGGUAAUCUAAAAUUGCCUUUGUUACGUGUAUUAUGCCUAUGAAGUACGUCUUGUCUAAUCAAGUCCAUAUCGUGAUUAAUUAGGCCAUUGAUGCAUUUGUAUACGUGUACACACCUUCUUUGAAAUCGCCUUUUCUCUAGAGGCAGCCACUUGAGAACGGCUAAUGCCUCAGUGGAGGAUGAGUACAAUGGUCUAUUUAAAAUAACUUUAGCGGCCUUAUUUUGCAAAACUUGCAAACUAGACAUAAGAGUAAUAUUAUGUUUAUCGCCCCAUACUAGAUCAGCAUAUUCAAAAAGGGGCAUAACAAGACUUUUAUAGAAAAGUAGACGCGCUCUGAAAGGCAAUAAAUGCUUUAUACGCUUGAGAAGCCCAAGCCUCUGAUUGAUUUUCCCAGUUAGGUGUUAAAUGUGAUCAGUCCAUGUGAAAUCCGAAGAUAUAUGUAUACCGAGGUAUUUAAAGCUGCGAACAUUACUUAUACUAUGAUCUAAAAUUGAAACAGUCAAAUCUACUUUGCUUUCGCGUUUCCUAUUACUACCGAUAAGCAUGCAUUUAGUUUUGUCCAAAUUUAAAGUCAGUUUGUGAUCAUGCAGCCAUUUCGCCACACCCAGUAGAUCGUUAUUUAACUUAUCACUCAACUCCUUUGAGGAUGUACCAUAGCAAUAAAUUACAGUGUCGUCUGCAUAAAGUGACGCGUAGCAGGAGUGAAGCACAUUUGGCAAGUAAUUUAUGUAAAUCACAAACAACAGAGGCCCUAGAAUGCUAUCCUGUGGCACCCCAUGCGUGACUGGAAGUUCCUCAGAUAACUCAUUUCCACAUGAUGUGCGCUGUUGUCUACCAGUUAAGUAAGAACGGAACCAAUGAAGAGCUGUUUCAGAAAGGCCGAUCUCGGAUAGCUUGCAUAACAUUAUUUGAUGGUCUACCGUGUCAAAUGCCUUGGUUAGAUCGAUGAACACGGCCCCGCAAAGCUUUCCUUGUUCCAUGUUUAAGAGCACUUCAUCAGCAAAUGAGGUCAAAGCUGUUGUAGUUGAGAAACCCUUCCGGGAACCAAACUGCUUGUUGGACAAUAAAUUAUUGGUAAUCAAGUACUGAUACAACUGCAAGUGUACCGCUCUUUCCAGAAUCUUGCUUGCUAAGCGUAUCAAAAGUACGAGGGAUUUUUCCGGCAACUGCCAAGACGAUCGUUAACCAAGAGCUAAGCGCCAAUCAUUUAUCACCAUGUAAUGCAUAAAACCUUCUUGGCCUUUUCUUUAGAAUUUUGUUAAAUUUAUUAUUGUUGCUAUUCUUGCGAUAUUUAUUACCCAUUCGUUUCAGAUAACAAGGAAACUUCUUGUUACUUUUGCGAUUUUUGCGAAAUUUGUAGACUUCUUGAGGCUCUUCUUUGUGUUUUGUCUUUCUAAGUCUAGAAUUUUGUUAAAUUUGAUAUUCUUACCUUUCUUCCAAUAAUUGUUACCCAGUCUUUUUAGAUAACAAGGACAUUUCUUGUUACUAUAGCGAUUUUUGCGAAAUUUGCUGACUUCUCGGGGCCCUUAGUCCUAGUGGUUGCGUUUUCUCUUUCUGAGUCUAUAAUUUUGUUAAAUUUGUUAUUCUUGCUAUUUUUUCGAUAUUUACAAGGAAAUAUGUCACAAAAUUUUCUUAUGAAUCAUUUUUUUGGCUAAAAAUUGCGAAAAAAAAAAAAAGAAAUGGCUAGCAAAUUUUUGCCAUCUCCAAAGUUAGCAAGGGAGAGGGAAGCCAAUUUAUGGCCAAGAGGUCUGGUGAAACAAGAGCAAAUAGAACUCAAAGAUUGAGAUGAGAUUAACUUUCACGGGAUUGGCUUGCCUAGUCCCUGCACGGCGUCUUCCCAGGCCUUCUCGGUUAAUGCAUUUUGGUGACGUAUCCGAGACCCAAAAACUCGCGCAGACCGCCUGAUCCGAAACGCAUCAGCGGCUCGCAAUACAAAAAAAAAUGGCUAAAAAAUUUUCAAAAUCUCCAAAUUUAGCAAGGGAGAGGAAAUCCAAUUUAUGGCCAAGAGGCGGGCUGCAAGAAAAAGGCAAGUUAUGGACCGUACAAUUAAGGCAUAGAUAUAUGAAUAUCCCUACAAAGUUUCCGUGAAAUUGUCCCCGCUAGUUUCGUACUUUCCGGGGGCGCCCCUGGUACUUUCAUUUCUUCGAUGAGAAGAUUGAGGGGUUUAUUACCUAUUUACGUACACACAAUCUCUAUUUAAUCAUCGACCCCCCUUAGAGUUUUUUUGAUUGAAAUAUACAAUCGGAGGAAGCAGAUCAAUAGCUCACCUCUUUUUCAAUUGCAGCCGGUUGUUAAUCCUUGUUUUUCUUCCUUUUUAUUACUGUUAUUUAUAGCGUCUGGUUACAGUACCUCUUCCAAGUCGUUUGUGUUCUCUCUUCUGGAUAAAGAAGGGCUUGCACCAUUUAAGAGCAUGGUGACGAAUACAUCAUUUGCGGUUUACCGUGGUUCAAGUUGUGGUCCAACAUUUGGUGGGGGGCAUGACAUAUACAUUGCUGAUAAUGCUAAUCAGAAUGCUAAUUCCUACACUAAUUUUGGUACCUCUUACUCUCUUCCGAAUGGAGUUACCAACAGUUCUACAAUCCUGGCUGGAACCCGUUACUUUUCACCCGACGAGGUUGAGGUAUUUUAUCUCGCUUGAGAUCUGUUGACCCCUUGAUUUCCAUGCGCAGAACUCGUUUGAAAUCAAUGAAAAAUUCACCCCAAAAAUCUUUUUAAGACAUAUUGCAAAGCAGAUCAUCGAAAAGGCCCAAAAUUUUGAGUGGUUAUAAGGUACGGAGCCUUAAGAUCCGAGGACGGUCGCGUUGGCGAAAACGCCGCUUACUGUUACACCCCUUUCUUUUGAUAUUCAGUGAAUUUGUCAAAUGUAGGAGAACUCUACUGAACAACCAUUUCAAAGUUAAGAAAGAGGAAGAAAAGUUCAUCUUUGCUUGUUUGCGUCUUCCAGAAACGUAAAAUAGAUUAGGGAUAUUGUACGUCGUAGUCAUGCAAUCGGACGGGCGGUAGAAAUGUACAAAAAGGCGUGAUGCACGUGCAAAGUCGGAGUGAUUAGUAAUCUAUUGCUUUAAUUUCUUGACGUUUUCGCCGCUGCUGCCGUCAUUGGAUCUUUAGGUCCUUAAUCUAAACGGUGUCCCACAGUAGGCUUUAACAGAUUAUUCUCGAAAAAGUAACAUAAUAUAUAUGCUAUUAGCAGUGCUGGCAUAUUUCUAAAAUGAUGCCAAUAAUUAUGCUAGUUUUUGUAAACUAUGCUCAUUUUAACAGAGAAAAAAAAUGCAGAAAUUAUGCCUUUACUAUUUAGUUAAAAGUUGGUAAAAACAUCUCAAUAGUUAUAUGCAACACUAAAUUAAAUGGCAAAAAAAUUUACCCUGUUUACAUCUAGAAACCUUUAAGAGUGCAUUCAUUGUCUGACAACUUGGGUAAUCAUCUUGGGUAACCGUGCUUGUUAUGCACAUGCGUUGAUUCAUGUGGAAAGGGACCUGGGUCACCUCCCGUUAGACCAAGGUCCCAUGAAGGUGAUGAUAUAAGCAGAGAGAGAUUGACUUUGUUACUUAAAUUUGCCUGUAACUUUCUUGGUGGCAUGAUCACUAUGACAAUUUUGUGCUGCAAAACGUUAACCAGCUAAAAGUGCAAAUUAGGCUACCAGUGCUUUUUUUUCGAAAAAUAGGUGAUAAUUAUGCUCGUGAUGACAAAUUAUGCCAAAAGCUAUGCAAACAAUUAUGCCAGCACAAUCUACCAAAGCCUAGCUAUGCGACGGUCUGCGACACGAUCAGAACUCUGUCUGCGUCUAACGUUUUCAGACAUCCCAUGGCCAGGACGUACAUCAAAGGCAGAUAUGUGAAUUGUUAGCGACUGCAGUCUUUCCAGGUUUGUUUGAAUCUUUGUGGCCGAAACACAGGUCUGUCGACGAGGCGACGCAGACCGGUCUCCGAUCAGUGUUCCAGAUUACAUUUACCGUGUCAUUUACGCUUUGUUCACACGUUUUCAGAUAUUUUUUAAAACGGAGAGUUUUUUCUCUAUU